AUGGUGCUGGAGAAGAAGGCUCUUAACAAGUGGAGGAUGUGUGUAGUCUUCACUGAUCUCAACAAGGCAUGCCCAAAAUAUAGCUACCCCCUUCCUCGGAUCGAUUGGCUAGUUGAUGGGAGCACAGUACACAAACUAGUCAGCUUCAUGGAUGACUUCUCUGGCUACAAUCAGAUCUAUAUGGAGGAGCAUGACCAAGAGAAGACCUCAUUUAUUACAGACCAAGGGACCUAUUGUGAUAAGCUCUGUUCUAGUUCAAGAAGAGAAGAACACCCAGAAGUCAGUCUACUAUGUCAGCCAGAUAUUAAAGUGGGUGAAUUUAACUACCCUCUCAUCGAAAAUGCUUUAUUCAUCCUCGUCACCACUGCUAGAAGACUCUGCCUCUACUUCCAAGCUCAUUCAAUAAUUGUGCGAGCUAGCUUGUCUCUGAAGAAGGUACUCGGGAGCCCCAAUCUUUUCUCUAAAGAAGGCACUUGGGAGCCCUACCACUUCAGGAAGAAUGGUCGCUUGGUCAAUCUAGCUCAGCGAGCAUGA